AUGCAGUGGCUGCAUCUUCUCUGCCUCAGUCUUCUGGUGCUGGGAUGUAUCCUGGAUGUGCGUGGUGGGAACAACGUCCUUGACUGCUGCCUGCGGACAAGUGAGACACCCAUCCCACGGCGGAUAGUGAAGGAUUACCGGCUCCAGCUAGUGCAGGAUGGCUGUACUAUCCCUGCUACUGUAUUCAUCACCACAAAGGGCAAACGCCUCUGUGCCCCACUCCAAUCCCCGUGGGUGAUUCGACUUCAAGAGAAGCUGAAUGCCAGCUCUGCCAGGAAGGUCAGCAAACCCCUGGGGAUUGGCACCUUCCAGGCUGGCAUCCUCUCAGGCAUCACUGUCUUCCAGGUUAGCAUCCUCCUGGGAAUCAGUACUUUCCAGGUUGGCAUCUCCAGCAUUCCAGUGGCAAUCAGUGCCUUCCAAGUCAGCAUCCUUUCUGGCAUCAGUGCCUUCCAGGUCAGCAUACUUUCGGAUUUGGCAGAGAAGAAAGCAGAAGCAGCCAUGAGAGCUUGA